UAGACCUAAUGGUUGCUAACUUCAACAAUAUUUCGGGUUCUUCUGAUUCUCAUCUUAGAGGUUAUACAGCGAACGGAGCAGAAACUUAUGUUUCAACUGAUAAUCCGUUACUUGAUUUCUUCUUCCAUGUAGUCCCAGAUUCUCCACAUGAAACCGUAGCCCAAAGAUUAGAAUCAGCCUGGAAACAUGAUGCAUUAAAAGCUUUGAAGUUGGUAUGCAACUUGAGAGGUGUGAGAGGGACUGGUAAAUCGGAUAAGGAAGGGUUUUACGCAGCCGCGUUAUGGCUUCAUAAGAAUCAUCCUAAAACCCUAGCUGUUAAUCUCAGAGCUAUGGCCGAUUUUGGGUAUUUCAAGGAUUUACCAGAGCUUCUAUUUAGAUUGCAUGAAGGGGUUGAGAUCAGAAAAGAACGAAAGAACGAAUGGCAGACUGAGAAGUAUAAUUAUCCAGUUGAUCCAGUGACUCGGAAACGUGUUCGUAGGGACCCAAAUCAGAACGUGACAGCGAAUCGGAGGAACCCAAUGAAAAAUAAGGCCGGCCUUAGGAGGAACCCAAUUCAGAAGAAGGUGAAAGCGGAUUCCGAUGAUGAGGAGGAGAAGCCAAAGAAGAAGAAGAGUAGGAAGGAAAAGGCGAUUGAGUUGUCGAAAAGAGCACUUGAGAGGUACGGGAAAGAUACCGAGUAUAAAAACUUACAUGAUAAAGUAUCUGAUGUUUUUGCCGACUUUUUAAUCUCCGAUUUGAAGUAUUUGAAUUCUGGUGAGACCGGGAAGAUUAGUUUAGCUUCGAAGUGGUGUCCUUCUCUAGAUUCUUGCUUCGACAAGGCUACUCUUUUAUGUGAAAGUAUUGCUAGAAGAAUAUUCCCGCGUAGCUCGAAUCCUGACUACGAAAAUAUUGAAGAGGCUCAUUAUGCUUAUCGAAUCCGUGACCGUUUGAGGAAAGAAUACUUGGUUCCUCUACGUAAAGUCUUGGAACUGCCUGAAGUUUACAUGAGCUCUAAGAUGUGGGAAUCUUUGCCGUACGAUCGUGUUGCUUCUGUUGCUAUGAGAAAUUACAAGAAAUUCUUCGAAGAACAUGAUCGACUAAGGUUCAAUGAGUACCUAGCGAGUGUUAACAAAGGGGAGAAAAAGAUUGCUGCUGGUGCAUUGUUACCUCAUGAGAUCAUAGGUACUUUGGUUGACGAAGAAUUUUUGCUGGAUGACGAGUAUCUUAGGCGUAAAGAUGCCGAGGAUUGUAAAGUUGCAGAGCUGCAGUGGCGUAGAAUGGUGGAUGAUAUAACAAAAAUUGGAAAGUUAAAUGACUGUCUUGCAAUCUGUGAUGUAUCUGGUAGUAUGAAUGGAACGCCAAUGGAUGUCUCUGUUGCUCUCGGUUUGUUAGUGUCAGAAAUUACCCAAGAACCAUGGAAAGGACAUGUUAUCACUUUCAGUGAGUACCCUGAACUGCACAAGAUUGUAGGUGAUGAUUUGAGAUCGAAGACGACAUCCAUUAAACGGAUGGACUGGGGAGAAUCAACUGACUUCCAGAAGGUGUUCGACUUAAUACUGGAAGUUGCAGAAAAUGGGAAAUUGAAGGAAGAUCAAAUGAUAAAGCGGCUUUUUGUUUUUAGCGAUAUGGAGUUCACCGAGUCGAGGUUGGAUGCAGCUGCUAAUGAUUGGGAAACUGACUACCAGAUGAUACAGAAUAAGUUUAGGGAGAAGGGAUACAGUGUGCCGGAGAUGGUGUUUUGGAACCUUCGUGACUCUACGUCAACUCCAGUGUUGGGUCAGCAAAAAGGCGUGGCUUUGGUUAGCGGGUUCUCAAAGAAUAUGAUAAAACCUUUUCUCGAUGGCAAGGAUUUAAAUGAAAUUACACCCGUAGGAGUGAUGGAAAAAGCAAUCUCUGGUGAGGAAUACAACCAACUUGUUGUAGUUGACUGAUCGAUCCAUUAUCCUCGAUUCAAGAAC